AUGCACGCGGGGCUCCUGGGGCUCUCUGCCCUGCUGCAGGCGGCCGAGCAAAGCGCGCGCCUCUGCUCCAUAGUUUACUACUUUACCACAGGCCAUCUCCUCUGGGGGUGGCUGGCCUUUUCUGUCCUCCUACCCGGCUUCUUGGUCCAGGCCUUGAGUUUUCUGUGGUUCCAAGCAGAUGGGCAUCAGGGUCACUGGUGGCUGGCGGUACUGCAUCUUCUGCAGCUUGGCGUCUGGAAGCGGCACUGGGACUCUGUGGCAACAGCUCUGUGGAAGGGAAAGGAGGCUCCCUGCUGGGGACAACUACACCUGCAGGAGGCGGACCUGGCAGCCCUGCGGCUCCUGGAGGCUCUGCUGCAGACAGGGCCCCACCUGCUGCUUCAGGUGUAUGUGUUCCUAGCCUCUGACUUCACAGACACUGUGCCAGGAAUCAGUGCCCUACUUUCCUGGUCUUCACUGUCCUGGGCUCUAGUGUCAUACAACCGUUUCCUGGGCAUCAUGAAGCCAGGCCACCAUACCAUGCUAUGGGCUGCUCUCUUGUGCCAGCAGCUCUGGAGGAUGGGCAUGCUGGGUGCUCGUGUGCUGAGCCUGGUUCUGUUCUGCAGAGUUUACCAUGUUUGGGUUUUGGUGGUCGGAGGUGCUCACUGGUUGGUGAUGACCUUCUGGCUCGUAGCCCAGCAGAGCGACAUUAUAGAGAGCACCUGCCACUGGAGGCUGUUCAAUCUGCUGGUGGGGGCUGUGUUCAUCCUCUGCUACAUCAAUUUCUGGGACAGCCCUUCCCGAAGCAGGAUGGCCAGCUUCUACUUGGUCAUGCUGCUGGAGAACGCCAUACUCUUACUACUGGCCACUGACUUUCUACAGGGAGCACCAGGGACCAGCCUGUGGACUGUGGUGGGGGUCUUGUCUGGAUUUCUGAUUGGGUGUGCAUCACUGGUUAUUUAUUACAGCCUACUACACCCUAAAUCCUCAGACAUCCAGGAGAGCUUCAUGAGGAGAUGCUGUGGCCCCAUAGAGGAUAACAAAGCUGAAUCAGAGCCUCCUCCCAGGGCCAUGGUUCCCACAGUGGAGAGGCCAGACGGCUCAAGCUGGUGCCAAGAGGAAAGCUAUGAGCUAACAAGUCUAGAUAAGGGCCCCAGCCCAGAGCAGAACACUGCAGAGGUGGGGCUGGGGGAGCAGAGAUCUGGGGAGUACUCCAUCUUCAGCCACCACCACUGGCUGUUGCUGAAAUUUGCGCUCAAGACAGGAAGUGUAUCUAAGAUCAACGCAGCCCUCGGAGGUGACAGCCCUGGCUGCUCCUGUGAUCUGCAGAGGAAACCCCUGUUUUCCCAGCAAGACCUCCCAUCCUCUCCUUGUGACCCUUUGACCUUGGAGAAAGGGUCUGAGUAUGCAGGGGCUCCGAAAGCAGAGAUGGAGUCACUGGAAACUUCAAGCUAUCUAUCCUUUGCCAGCGAGCUUGAGGACGAUCCAACAAGCCAGAAGCCACCAGCUACACAGGAGGAUAGGCCAAAGGCUGGGUCCAAGGCUGACCUUGCAGCUCAGGGGAAGGAGACAGAUGGUCCCCUGCAGGGGAAGGAAGGACAGGAGAGCACAACACUGUAUUUCAGUGCCACCAUGGACAGGACCACAUCCCACCAAAAAGGCAGCCCAGGAGCUUUGCGGACAUCCCGCGCUGGGACUUUAGGAGAGAACAGGCCCGGGCAGCCUGCGUUGCCUCAGGCAGUCACUAAGCCCUUUCCUGUCACCAUGGCCAACAUUAGUCCUAUUCCGGGCAGAAACUUCUGCCCCAGUGCGGGGCUCCCUGGAAGAGCCCUGGAUAGUUCAGAGUGUGAGGAGUGGAAAGACCCAGCAAAGGACCCAAGUACGCAAAGCUCAUUGCCAAAGAUGCAGCUGAAAGCAGCUGAAGAACCCUGCUUCACGUCUACCCCUAAGUCCGAGUCCGUCCCAAGGGACUCCAGCUACAGGGCCAGGGUGAAGCAGGAGAUGAGUUUUUUCAUCUAACCCUAGCCUUGGUGGAAAUAUGACAACAGGUCAAUACAUCAUCAGACUGCCCGCUUGGCAUCAUGGGAAGAGAAAUCCCACACGGGAC